ACGCAAAUGUUUGCCCGAACAAUAAAAAAAAGAAAUUUCCACUUUUUCGUCGAUUUUUGAAAAAUGGAUACACAAGCAUAAGUAUAUGGUAGCGCAGCGGUAAGGUGGAAUCCCCAAUAGGAGCACAUAGCAUCAAUAGAGCAUCCCUCAUAAGAAGUUUAAAUUCCUCUACCUGCGUCGCUGCCUACCUGCCGGCUGGCCUGCUGCGGAUUAUUUGAAAAGGGUCCACUUGCGGCGUCGCAGCAGGCUCUCGCAUACACAACUCGCUCGGCGGCCGUUACGCUUAUUCUGUAUCGUUAGUCUUCCAAGAUGCACCUGACAUAGCGUUGCUCCGAAAUAUAUAUUUUUUUCUUUUUUUUUUUCAUCAAUCAAAACCGGAAAACGAACUUUUUUUGCAAACCAUUUUUACCAGUUUUUUAAAUAUUUCUCCGUGUGUGCCUUAAAACAUUUAAGUGAAGAAAAUGUUUCAAAAGUGAAGAAAACUGCUAAAUAGAAUUGAAAUGAAAAAAUAUAGGGUUGAAGCUUUUAUAAUUCCUACUAAUGGUAAUAAAGAAGUGGAUUCUAAUCAAAUAGACGAUGUAAAACUAGCUAAGAAAUUAAAGGACCAUUCCAUAUCUUCAUCGGAUGAAACAAUAGACGAGCGUAACAAUGGUCAAAUUGAAGAAAAUCUCAAUAACUGUUCAAAUAUUUGCACUGAAGUAAAUGAUCAAUCUUCUUUCGAAUUAUCUGGAGUCUUUUUUGAAAUUAACGAACACAUUUACGAUGAAAUUAUUUUACCAGAAAAAAAGCAAGAGACACAAGUGAUUCCUAAUACAGAAACUGAUACAGAAUACACAAAGGCUAUUUUCAGAGUUGAAGAGCCUCUUUAUGAUGAGCCUUUCAUAGGCAACUUUACAAAGUUGAAUACUCAGCAGAAAGAUCAAGACCAUUUAAAACUAUCACCGUGGGUAUUAGGUAACUCUAAAUACCGCCGAUUUGGAAUAGUGGCUCCUAAACUACCAAGAAGAUCGAGUAGCUUGAAAUCCAUUGUUGAAGACAUAGAACAAUUCGAAGAGACUUUACAAGAAAUUUGCUGUCAUGGGCGCAUAAAUGGUUGCUUACUCGAUCAUCAACGUCCAGAAGACAUAAGCGAAGAUAUAUUUAAAGAAAAUUGGAUGCAAAGAUUAGAUUCUUUAAGGAAACUUGAAACACUAUUAAAAGACAAAGAAGUGGCUCUGCAGUCACGGGAAAGACUUUUAUUUAAAAAAGAAAAGGAAUUGAGAAUCCUGGAAAGACUGGUAAAGGAUAAAAUGAAACAAGCUGAACUUUAUGCAAAACGUUAUAAAAAAUCCUUGAGUUCUGAAAGCAUUCCAAGUAAUAAUCGAGACUUAGAAUCUAGGUCUUCUAACGGUUCAAAAGGACAUGGCACAAAAUCAGAAGAGUUUUUAUCCAUGACAAAUUUACCUUCAAAAACAAACUCAAAAACUUCAUUAGAAAGCAAAGAGAGGAUAUUUAAAAAUCCUCCCAACUCAAGAAGUUUACUGACCACGGAUAGACUUAGCAAUAGAAUUGGCAGUGUUAGAUCAAGGUCAAGGCCUAAGAUAAGGUACGAAGAUUUAGAUUCAACUUUAUCAGCUGACAUUGGAGAUUCAUCUUUUGUAGUAACUUCUAGAAAAUUUGAUCCGGAAACAUUCAAAAAGCCAGCUGCUUUUAUUCGAUCAGCUAGUGAAAGAAGACCAAAAGUUGAGCAGCAAAUCAAUACAUUAAGGCUUUCCUGUGUAACCGAAAAAGAUGAACGUGGUGAUGAUCUUGCAGAAGUAAUAGAAGAGAAAACACUUAAAAAAAUAAGCGAAAACAUUUUGGCUUCUCAAAAUCAUGAAACAAAAUUUUUAAACUAUGGCCUUAUUGAUGAAAAAUCUUCAGUCAAUGUAGACAUUGUUGACAAAAAAGAUACUGUCAAUCAAAAAAGAUUUUCUUAUUUAAACUUAGAGUCAAUAAGCAAAGCAAAAUCAAAAAUUGUAUCCAAAGAAAGACCAGUAUCAUGGAGUGAAGAUACAGAUGACUGGCUAAAAAGGAAAAGACUAGCUUAUAACAUGGCAACAAAUAAAACUUUGUUUGAAAGUAUAGCAGAAAAAGAAAAUUUAAGUGUCCAGACAAAAAUAAAUAAAUCUGUAAAAAUGAAUAAAAAAAAAGAAAAUACUCGAAAAAAGUUUUCUAUUUUUCGCUGAAUGUACAAAAUGAAAUAUUUCUAAGUCUAAUAGUUGUGAAUAGUGUAUUGUUAACAAAAAUAAAAAAAUAUCAAAUUUGUUGAAAUGUA